AUGCAUGCAUGUGAUGGUAUAUUCUCGUUUAUGCGGAUUGUAUUCAACGAGUCAACUGGCAAGCUACAAGCUACUCCUGUGUAUACCCAAUCUACACAUUCGGAGCUCAGCAAACUAUACAUAGCGGCUGCAGUUGCUCAGCAUGUUGCAGCUCACAUUGUUAAUGCCACGCCUGUACCUGCACCCGUAGCAGCACCAAUGCCACCAGCGUUAAAUCAGCCCACUAUCUUAACUCCUGCUCCAGCUAGCUCACUGCUGUUAACACCUUCACUCAAUCCCAUCCCACCAAUGACGGACAUGGUCACAAUUCCCAGAGAGGUUUUGGUAAAGCUCAUUGAAAACAACCCACCUCGUGUUAAUUGUACCUGCCAAUGUUCUUGCGGUCGGUAUCCACCUGGUUGUGCAAUUGUUGAUGAGGUAACGAAAGAUCUUUUGGCAGCUGGAAACAAUGCGGCUAACACCGAGAGUAAAGAAGAAUUGAAAUUAGAUAGCGCAGAGGACUUCCAUAUGAAUGGAUUGCUACCGUCCGACGAAUCCAGUGUCCAAUGGCUCAAUUCAUAUGCGCCCACUGUUGAUCCCAGCGCUGUUGUAGAUGAAAAGCCUAGCAGUCGUCGAGAUUCAUUUUACACAAACUCAGGCAUGGUGGAGUCGAGGAUUAAUUCUGUGCCCGCAUCAACAAAUCUUAAUGGUUUGACUCCAUCGGACUAUGUGUGUGUGAACGAAAUACUCGGUGCAAACUUUGCUUACAGGACCGCUGAUAUGAUGGAUCAAUGUCGUCACGAUGAUCUAAGUCUUCAGGUGAUGAGUUUUACUGACGACAAUGUGCGACGUUUCGUUCGGAUGUUAAAGCGGCUGCCUUCAUUUAAUUUGUUUACCUUACAUGACCAGUGUAUUUUGAUAAGGCAUUCAUGUGUACCGUAUGCGAUUUUACACGAUGGGAUCUCUUAUACCUCGAGUGAUCCAAGAUUUAUUGGGCAUACCUUAGAUGUACGGUUGUCUGACCUUUUACAUCAUUGCGUACGAUUUUACUUGUCAUUCAAAGAAGAGUUGAGAAAUAACGAAAAUGUUAUGCUUAUACUCGGAUUGUUGGUCGUAUUUGAUUUGGAAGACGUUGGCUUACAAGACAGAGAUGGUCUGACAAGGCAGUACUCCUUCUUUAGCUCGCUUCUGCAGAGAAAUUCUGCUGAAAUCCUAGGAUUGUCAAAGUGCUCUCAAGAUUUCCGAGGUAUCCAGUUUUGGGAUGACUUUGGCGAGGAUCUAUACAUACAGCACACGCCAGGAUGUGUCUGGCAUGGAGGACUGUUGAACGUUAAGACAUUAGAUAUGGAAUUAUCGUUGCGAAUAAGAUGCCGCUCCUUAUACGUCGUUUGUGAUACCAGUAGUCGUAUACUGGAAGCAUAUGCAAUAUGA